AUGGAGCAACAACCCCCAACCCCUACUCUCGAGUCGUAUGUGCUGCAGAUUGCAGGCCACGAAAAGCUCCUUGGCGAUGCUUACAAGUUUACCAAGACACCUCUUCGGGCUGGAGUGGUGAACCGUGUGCUCUUCUACCAAGGCAGUUUUAACCCUCCCCACCUGGGUCACCUUGCUCUCAUUCAACAUAUCUAUUGGAACAGUGGAAAGGAUCAGAACUAUCUGACCGCUGUUGUUCUCCCUGCCGACCAAAAGAUCCUCGAUGAGAAGCAGCCUACCAACAAAAACCAAAUUAUUAUGACCAAGGAAGAGCGCGCUAGUCUUUGGCGUGGCCAUGAUACAACAAAUGGCUUCUGGAUUUACACAGGCUCAUUCAAAGAAUGGCUGGCUUUCUUUCACCAGGUUCGACGAGCCGCUGGAUAUGAUGACUUUGAGCUGGAGGUAUCUAUCAUGGUUGGCCCUGAUCAUUUGCCCGAUUUGCAGAAGUAUCCAGCUCUUGGCAAAUGGGGUUAUACCGAGUGGCUGUUUAGCGACAUUGCUCGCGAUUAUGAGGAUAGGAGCCAAGUGCCGGAAUAUGAACCCUUUCAGCCUCAUGUGAUCAAUUGUGAGAAGGAUGAAAAGACAGCAGAGAAGGUCGCCUCAUUCGUUACUGCUGGCAUGCGUAUGGUGGCACCAAAGAGCUUCGAUGAUAUGCUUCAAAGUGGUAAGACAGUCUCUAUUUUCAGUGUUGAUUCUUUCUCCGACCAUAUAACUGACUCUACCUCAGAUCCAAACAUGAAAGAUCAAAUGGUCAGGGAUAUUGUUGCCAAAUCAAAGGGCACUACCCUGGAAGGCUUGAUUAGUCGUCGAUUGGAUAACCCUAAUUCUCUGCUCCGCUUCAUCCCUAAGCCCACGACCGAGGCAAUUCCGCGAAUCAGCUCAUCUGAUAUUCGAAAGACCAUUAUGACCUCGCCUCGAGACGAGCUGGAGACAAACCUUCGUGGUACAGCUCUGAACCCUGAUCUCUUGGCUGAAAUUCUCAAGAAGAAUUACUCUGAGUACUUGAGUCCUGAGUAG